GCGGGGAACCACUUCCGGGGGUGCAGCGCGGUGGAGCGGGAGGUGAAUGCGGCGGCGCCGGCUGUCCGGGGUGGUUUUGGAGAGUGGUGAGUUAGAGGAGACCUCAAGCAGUGGGUAGCUUGGGCCAUGGCCUCCGACCUGGACUUCUCACCUCCCGAGGUGCCUGAGCCCACCUUCCUGGAGAACGUACUACGGUUUGGACUCUUCCUGGGGGCCAUCUUCCAGCUCAUCUGUGUGCUGGCCAUCAUUGUACCCAUUCCCAAGUCCCACGAGAUGGAGGCAGAACCAUCUGAGCCCAGAAGUGCUGAGGUGACAAGGAAGCCCAAGACUACUGCUCCUUCUGUGAACAAGAGGCCCAAGAAGGAGACCAAGAAGAAGCGGUAGAAGAGGAGGGCUGCAGAUCAGGGCAGGCAGGGUGAGGGCCUUGGGGAACAGCCCUCCUGGGAGUCAACAUCCUGUUCCCUCUCUCCAUCCCUGGCUGAGGGUUGGAGGGGGCUGGGAUGCCCUCUAACCACAGAGAUCUGGACAGUCAUGACAGGCCCCAGCUGGGCAGACCACCACUUCCUCUUCCUUCUGCUUCCGUGACAGUUUAGAGAACGUUAACACCAUAGGAGCAAAGACUGUAUUGGGAGUUUUGUUCAGACGUCAGGUCAGCUCAGAGAGUUACACUUUCUUACUUAAUCAUUGUGUCCAGCCUUUAGUCAUGCACCUUUGUGGAUUUACACUGCAUUUUGGGAGUCAUUAUCUGAUGCUGACAAGUACUGCCCUCCAAUUAUCUGGGCACUGCAGUGCUCCUGCUAGUCAGCCAGCCUUGUCUCUGCCUGUGUGGACAGAGCCAGGCCUCACCUGCUUAGAUCAAGGUGCCAUGGCUGCUGCAGUGUCAGUGAUCCCAGUUGCUGCAACAGCCAGGUCUCCCUGGCCUGAGAGUAGAAGACCUGGGUCAGGAUAAUCUCCUAGUUCUCAUCAGGUAGAAAGGAUUUGGCUGAAUGAAUGCAUGUUUCUUGGGCACAAACUUUCUGAGCCUCUGAAAGGAGGCUUGUAAAUUUCAGACCAACCUCUUUUCAACCAAACUCAUUCCUCAUUCAAGGUGUGCCCUUUUAGCUUCCACUUGUGCAGCCUCCCCCUCCAUUAUUUUAUCCUCCAAUUGGUGAGAAAGUUAUUUAGGGAAGUAAAAGUCAAUAAACUACCAGUGCUGAACCUGCCUGUGUGUUGUCUGCUACCAGGAGAGGGGAAGCCUGGGUUUCUGACUGGGGGUGAGGCAAGGGCUCAGCCACAAAAAAUUGGGGCAGUGAGGAUAAGGAUGGGCAGAGCCGGGGCAGAUUUGGUCAGAGCAGCUCUGCUGGUUGAGCCAUUCUGGGACAAGUUUUCAGAAAGGGUCUGGCCAGCUGCUUCGUGUGGCCCUUAGUCACUGGAAACACUUGUGAAUAUCCAUGCAUGUGUUUCCACUGGCUUGAGAAGGACCAAGUGCAAUACCGUAGCAGUCCUCACGUGGUUUGGGAUGGGUCACCCUGGUCAAGUCAUGUGCCCUGAAUCAGCUGCUGAGGAAAACCCCAACCUGUGGUAACUCAGAUUGGUCCAGCUUGUUAACAGCUUGCCAAACCCUUUCCCAAACAUUGUCAGAACUGAAGAGGAGCAAGUUAGGGAUGAGGAGGAGACUAAAGUCUGGACUGCUUGAGAGUGCCAGAACUGGAACUUGGACCAAAGUCCAUGGCCCUUUCCUUGGUAUUUAACAAAUAUUUGGUGUCAAUAGGCGUGGUGAUGUGGGCUCCCUGCCAUGCUGUUGGGGCUUGGAAAGCUCUCCCAGCACUGUAGGUUCAGGAGAGGAAGUUUGGGGACUGGAGCAUCUGCAUAACAAAGUGCCAGUCUUGGCCAGGCAGUGGCUUGAGAAGGGACUCCUGCAAACAUUUACUGAGUCUCUUAGAUGCUGGGCACCAUGCUAUGCACUUGGGGAUGCCGAAGGAAGGAAACUUCCCAGAAACCCAAAGUGCGCUUGGCCUAGUGGGAGACUGAGAACAUGUAAACAGGCUUGUUGUGAGGAUUUCCUCAAUAAGCUAGGCAGAGGGGCACCCCUCAGUCUUGGGCCAGCACAGCCACUUGGCAGAAGGGAGGUGACUGAGGUGAGACUUAAAGGGAAAUUAUGCUGAGAGGGUAGGGGCGAGACCUCUAGAGUAGACCUGUUCCAGCUUCUCAGGGGGAGAUAACCUCUUGCUCACAGGGACAGUACCACCUAAGUAGGCCCAACUCCCUUAAACAAAGUCUGUUUGCCAGAGAACAGCACUAGGAAAUCAAGGGCAAUCUUUGCUGCCCCACCAAGCCCUCAUUCCAUACUUACUAUGGGUGGAGUUUGCAGGACUUGGCUCUUUUGGCUUCCAGGACCCCACCCUCGCUUCAUUUUCCUCCCACAUCACUGUUUCCUCCUCAUCAGAAGGCCCCAGAUCUGUCUUCGUUUCUCUUGUCUCUACACACAUUCCCUUGGAGAUCUCAUCCAGUCUUACGGCCUUAAAUGCCACCUACAUGUUGAUAACCUCCCAAAUGGACCCCUCCAGACCCCUCUCCUAAACUCAAGACUCAUAUCCAACUGCCUACUCACCAUCUCCACUUGGCUAUCCAACAGGCACCUCCAACCAAAUUCCUGACCUCCUCAUCACCAGCCCCAAGCCUGUUCUCAUGGUCUUCCCCCUCUUAAAGAGCCUCAUAAUUCUCCCAGUUGCUUAGGCCAGAAACCUUGGAGUCAUCCUUGACUUGCCUCUUUCUGUCAUACCCCACAUCUGACCCUUAGGUAGCUCCUUGCAACAUGACCUUCAAAAUUCAGAACGAGACCCCUUCUCAUCAUUUCCUUUUCUACUAGCAUGGUCCAGCUACUGUCAUUGCAUGUGGAUACUCUAGCAGCCUCCUCACAGGGUUUCUGUUUCCAGGGAGUUUACACCUCUGAGUUUUAGGGUCUAUCAAAUGGAGAUCAUAGAAUAAUCUUUAGGACUGUUGUAAAAAUUAGACAUACCAUGUGUCUAUAAGGUACCUGGAGCAUAGUAGGUAGGUUAUAAAUGGUGGAAGUGAUAGUGAUUAUUCAAUCAGGGACGCAUGUAUCAUUAAAACGCCCUAACUUCAAGUCAGCCUUGAUCUUGGCUUCCUCUGAAUGUGAACCCUCCUCUGUGACCCUCUUCCUCCAAGUCCUGUGCAACCAAAGUUGAGUGAGGGGUUCUCAGGUUGAGCCCUUGCUCAUAUUUUUAGUAGGUUUUGCUCUCAAGUU